UCUUUCAGUUCUGUGGGAGCGCUGCGGAAUGGACGAGGAGAUGCCAGAGGGCCUCGACGGCUUUGGGGGAGACGACUACGAUGAGGAGAUGGGCAUGGACGAGCCAGACGACCUGCCGGAAGGGAUCCAAAAAGAGAUCAUUACCCCUGCAGAGUCUGAAUGGCGGAUGCCCAAGAAGGGUGACGAGGUGAAAGUUCACUACGUGGGAACUUUGACCGAUGGGAGCAAGUUUGACUCGUCCCGAGACAGAAACCAGCCCUUGGAGUUUGCCCUCGGAGGUGGACAAGUCAUCAAGGGCUGGGACUUGGCCGUCAAGACAAUGAAGAAAGGUGAAAUUGCCAAGUUCACUAUCGCGGCGGAAUACGCCUACGGUGAAGAAGGCUCGCCACCUGAAAUCCCACCUCAGGCGACCUUGGUCUUUGAGAUAGAGCUUUUGGGUUGGGUGUCCAAAGAUGAUCUCUUUGGGGACGAGGGCGCAAUAAAGACCCAGCUGAAAGAAGGCUCCGGAUGGAGGACUCCCAACGCUGGAAAUGAGGUCCUCAUGAGCAUUUGUACGAAGGCUUCAGAUGACAGCGUCCUGGAGGAGAAAAUAAAGGUGGAGUACACUCUGUCCUCCGGCACGCUCGGAGCGUUGAGCAAAGUUGCUGACAAGGCUUUGGAGAACAUGAAAAAGGGAGAAGAAGUCUCUGUCAAAUGCAAGAAGGCCUAUUUCCUUGACAGCCACCCAGAUGGCGGCACGGUUGAAAUCACGUUGCACGAGAUGUAUGACCUCAAGGACGUGUCGUUCGCCAAAGAUAAGUCACUAAUGAAGAAGCAGGUCAGAGAAGGAGAAGGCUACGAAUCUCCCAAAGAUGCCUGGAAAGUGAAGCUGACCGUCGAAGUGGCCGGUAAGUCCGAGACGCUCGACUUUACUGCCGGCAAUGGUGAAGUGUGCGACGCCUUGGAAGGCGCUGUUCUGGAGAUGAAGAAGGGCGAGAGAGCCAUUCUUACGUGCUCCAGGCCAAACAGCUGCACAGAACCCCGGCUUGGACUCGCUCCCAGUGGUGAGACUGUCAUGGUGCUGGAGCUGGUCGAUUUUGAGAAGCAGAAGGACCAAUGGGAGCUCUCAGAAGAUGAGAAGGUGCAGCGAGGCCAAGACCGUAAAGAAGUAGGCAGCAACCUCUUCAAACAAGGCAGAAUAGAGUUGGCCCUGGAGAGGUACAAGAAGGUAAUGGAUCUCUUCAACUACAUUGAUAAUUUUACGGAGGAAAACAAGGCGAAGGCCAAAGAGCUAAAGAGGCUUUGCGAUCUGAACAAAGCUGCCUGUCAUCUUAAGCUGAAGCAGCACCAAGAUGCGAGAAGGUGCUGUAACAAUGUGCUGAAAGAUGAGAGUGAAAACCGGAAGGCACUGUUCCGGCGCGCACAAGCAGCUUUUGGCCUCUACGAAUACGCAGAGUGUCUUCGCGACAUAAAGCGAAUCCUGGAGCUUGAUCCAGACAAUCGUGAAGCCAAAGUUCUUUACAAACAGGCACUCGUUGGACAGAAAGAGGAGGAUCAGAAGGUCAAGGGAAUGUUCGCGAAGAUGUGCAAAGGCAUUGCUUCACCUGCCAAGGCCAAUGGUGCAGCCGAGAGAGCCAAUGGUGCCAAUGGAGCGCCAAGCGGUGAGGCAGAGAAGGAGAUUGAGUAAACCACUCAGGCCGCAAAUUGGAUGCUUUUUCUGCUCUGAUUUGACGCGUGAAAGGUUUGAAUGUCCGGGGGUGUCCCUUUGACGAAAGAUGUUGAGGGGACUCUCUUGGACACCGACAUUAAGCAGACUUGCACUUGCAAGUAAAACAAUCGCUACAUGUUAACCAGUUGCAAAAGGUGUCGGAACAGCUGGAAGUUUUAAUAGCUCGACUAGCCGCCCGCUGCCGCAUUUGCACAGCAUGACAAUCUCGUUGGAUCCGAG